AUGGUAGAAGAAAAUGGGACCGGCGGUUCAGUUGACGCCCUCGUCUCGCAGGGUACUGGCAGUCCUAUCGUUGUCACGUCGGUGCACUCAGUCAUCCAGGCGAACCAACAGUCAGUCAUCCAGACUGCAACGCAAGGUACCAUGCUCACCAAAGGCAAUGUUAUAUUGUUAAGCAAGCCGAAUUCAGUUAUACAAACCCCUCAAGGAAAUAUACAAACUCUUCAGGUAGUUGUUGAAGCUGGUAGUGAUGAAAGCUUAUCGGCAAACGAGGAUAGCCCCAAAAGAGUACGCCACGAUGCUUUAACGAGAAGGCCGUCUUAUCGGAAGAUCUUGAAUGAUAUCGCAGGCGGAAAAGUUGAAUCAUCCGGUUCAGAUUGUGAUUCAAAUCUUGACAGUGAAUUAUCUUCAAAUUCAUUGUCUGCUCAUUACCAAACUAUUCCUCCAGCAAUUCAGUUAAAUAGCCAAGGUGAAAUGCAUAAUAUACCAACAUUAACAAUGUCAAAUGCAACUUCCACUGGUGGUGGUACUAUAUUGCAGUAUGCGAGUCAGGAUGGACAAUUUUUUGUACCUGUUGUUACCCAAGGAGGGAGUUCCACUUUAAAUACAAGUUCUUUGGUACCUGAAGACCAAGUUAAAAAACGUGAAAUGAGGCUAUUAAAAAAUAGAGAAGCAGCAAGAGAAUGUAGACGAAAAAAGAAAGAAUAUAUUAAAUGCUUGGAAAACCGAGUAUCUGUAUUAGAAAAUCAGAAUAAAGCACUAAUUGAAGAGUUAAAAGCGCUAAAAGAACUUUAUUGCCAAACAAAGACUGAAUAG